UCACACUGUUUCCUGAUCUGAAGGAGAGGAGACAGACCAGGGCUGUAACAGUAGGGGGGGAGAGGAGCAUCAUGGCCAUGGCUUACCAACAGAAGCUAGCUGAGAAGCUCACCAUCCUCAACGACAGAGGGACAGGGGUGCUGCUGCGUAUGAACUACAUUAAGAAGACGUGCUUGGAUCCCAAGCUUCGGCCACAAUACCUGACAGACAAGACCAUGGAAGCAUCUGUCAAAUACAUCAAUAAGAAGUUCCCCAACAUCGACUUCAGGGGAAAUAGUCAGUAUCUGGUGGGCAUCCAGAAACACAAGUCUGAGGUGAUGGCGGCCAUGUCCAGCUACUAUGACUCCUUCAUAGACGUUAUGGAGUUCAGGGAUCAUGUUUAUGAACUGCUGAAUACAAUUGAUGCCUGCCAGUGCUUCUUCAACAUUGCGGUGAACUUUGACUUCACCAAGAACUACCUGGAGCUGAUCAUCACAUAUAUAUCUGUCAUCGUCAUGCUUUCACGCGUCGAAGACAAGAAGGUCCUGGUGGGCAUGUACAACUGUGCUCACGAGAUGUCCAAUGGCAGCAGUGACCCUGCGUACCCACGCCUGGCUCAGAUGUUUAUGGAGUAUGAACAGCCCAUUAAGAAAUUGACUGAGGAAUUCGGCCCUCACACUAAGGGUGUGACGGAGGCCCUCCUGUCCCUACAGAUGUUGUACCCCAGGAGGAACCUUCCUGCAGAACAGUGGCGCAGCGCUCAGCUCCUCAGUCUCCUCAGCGCACCUGCCUCCAUGCUGGACCCUGCCUGCUGCGACACCAUGGCCUGUGAGUACUUGUCCUUAGAGGUGAUGGAGCGAUGGAUCCUUCUGGGUUACCUGCUAUGUCAUAGCAGUCUGAACACCAACCAGUCAUCUCAGGAGCUGUGGAAGAUGGCCCUCCGCAGCGGCCUUUAUCUCACCAUCAUCAGGGAUGAGACAAUCAACAUCCACAAGAUCACAGAGGACUACUUCGAUGGCCUGAAAGGGUACAGUAAGCGCAUCGCCGAUAUCAAAGAAUGUCGCGAGCAUGUUAUAGUCAACAGUGGAGCCAUGCACAGAGAGAGGAGAGGUUUCCUGAGGAACGCCUUGAAGGAGCUGGUCAAAGUCCUGGAGGAUGAACCUGGACUUCUGGGACCCAAGGUGUUGUUUGUCUUCAUGGCUCUGUCGUUUUCCCGUGACGAAGUCCUGUGGCUCGUCAGAUAUUCAGAGAAUAUUCCCAAGACCAAGACUCCAGAGGACUACGUAGACUCGCAGAUGGCUGAACUCCUGUUCUACAUGGAGAGGUUGAGGACCCUGAUGACUAAGUACAGCCGUGUGGUACAACGCUACCAUGUCCAGUACCUGGCCCAGUUUGAUGCCCUGCUCCUCAACGACACCAUGCAGAAUAUGUAUGUCUGUCCAGAAGAGGAAUCAGUCCUGAUGACAUCAUUUGUCUCAACCCUGUCUGCACUGACUAUCAAGCAAGUGGAAAACGGAGAGGAGUUUGACUUCAGGGCUCUGAGACUGGACUGGUUAAGAUUACAGGCCUACACCAGUGUGUCCAAGGCCCCACUCUCCCUCAAGGAAUACCCAGACCUGGCUAAAGUGAUGAACAUGACCCAAUUCCACACCAAGAUGUUGGACAACGUGCAGGAGAUGCUUCACGAAACCUCAGAUCUCUCCAUUCUCUGCUUCUACCCGCGGGUGUUUGAGAAGAUGUUCUCUCAGAGCAGCGAGGAGGUUUCUAUGCAGCGCUACCUCAUGUCUUUCCCUCUGGUCUGCUCCCACUUCAACCAGACUGUCCAUCCGCUCUGUCCAGAAGAGACGGAGGCUGUUGAGAAGAGGAGUCUGCGUCUGUGUGUGACCUUCCUGGAGGAGAUUGCCAAACAGACCAGCUCUGUCAUCUUAGAGAUCUGUAGCGAACAGUGCAACCUCAAUGACCAGCUGUUGCCCAAACACUGUGGCCAGACCAUAAGUGCAGCUCGCAAUAAGAAGCAGAAGAAACAGACGCCGAAAAAAGGAGACGUGCAGAAAGAGAAACCUGGAACAGAGAGUCAGAGGAAGGAUCGUGCCAUCGUCACCAAUAUGGACAAGCUGCAUCUGACUCUGACUGAGCUGUGCUCCUCAUUCAGUGGGAGCAGUGACUUCACAGUGUUCAACCACAUCGUCACUCCUGCAGAGUUCCUCAUAUCUCACUUGGAGACACGCCUCACCAAGAUCAUCGUGAGAAUGGCCCAUUACAACCAGACCACCCAGGAAAUAGGACGUCCGUCUGACCUCCUGGCCGGGAUUCGGGCCUACACAGCCAGCCUGCACACCCUGUCACGCUACCUCAGUCUGGACGUCACUAGGCUGGUCAAGAAUGUCCUACUGCAGCAGACACAGCCACUGGACUCAUACGGAGGACAGACCAUCACCACGCUGUAUACCAACUGGUACCUAGAGGGCCUUCUGCGUCAGGCCAGCAGCAACCUGAUCGUUCACUGCCCUGUGAUGCACUGCUUCGUCAACCAGACCAUCGAGAACGAGCAGAGUUUCAGAGCAGAGGAGUACUCUGAUAUCUCAGAGAUGCAGGCCCUGGCCGAGCUGAUUGGUCCGUACGGCCUCAAGUUCCUCAGUGAGAACCUGAUGUGGCACAUCACCUCACAAGUCGGAGAACUCAAGAAACUGGUGAUAGAGAACAUGGACGUGCUAGUUCAGAUGAGAGCUAACUUUGACAAACCUGAGGCCAUGGCUAACCUCCAGAAGAGACUGCCUGCGGGAGAGAACGUCCUGAAGAGGAUGACCAUCAUCGGAGUGAUCCUGUCCUUUAGAGCCAUGGCACAGGACACACUGGAAGACAUCAUGCAGAAGCAUUGCCCCUACCUGAUGGGGCCCAUUGAGAGCCUAAGGGACAUGGUCUCCCCUGACACAGACAUCAAGGUAACCCUGACGGUGUUUGAGCUGGCUUCUGCAGCAGGACUGACUUGUGACAUCGACCCUGCUUUGGUGGCAGCCGUCGCUAGUAUGCGUACAGAUAACUCAUCUGUUGAUGAGGAGUACAAGCUAACCUGCCUUCUCCUGGUUUACAUCGCCGUGUCUCUGCCCAUCCUGGCUUUGGAUCCCAACUCCUACUACAGCAGACAUUAUGGGGGGCACCACAACAACAUCCACUGUCUGGCCACGGCCGUCAACCAGCUGUCUGCAGCCAUGUUCACCGUCGAGAGCAAGAACAUAGAGCAGCACCUUAAGGAGUUCCUUCUGGUCGCGUCUUCCACACUGCUCCAGCUGGGGCAGAAUGUAGAGAAUAGGGUGGACGGCAAGAACAGAGACUCCAUCUACCUUCUCCUGCACAUGAUCGUGGAGGCGUCUCCGUUCCUGAGCCAGGACAUGUUGGAGAGCUGUUUCCCUUAUGUCCUGCUGAGGAACGCCUACAGAGAGGUCUACAAGAACUAUAUCAUUACACUGGGCUAACACACACACACACACACUGCUGAGGAACGUCUACAGAGAGGUGUACAAGGCCACUAUCAUUACACUGGGCCGGAUGCACUGAGUAUCCGAUAUAACCUCUUCUGGGUUGGGAUUCAAGCUGCUCGCUUUUGUAGACAGUGUGGCUUUCAAAGGCAAUGUUAACCGUGUUCGUCAGGCCUGCUAUAUAGCACAGUUUCAGAUUGAAUCCAGGCUCUAGUCUCUGAUGUCGUCAAACACUGCCUUCUGCUCCGUAGGGUCUAGGUUGUGUUACUGUAAAAGCUCUGUGGGGUCAACAUUGGAUUACUGUAAAAGCUCUGUGGGGUCAACGUUGGAUUACUGUAAAAGCUCUGUGGGGUCUAGGUCGUGUUACUGUAAAAGCUCUGUGGGGUCAACGUUGGAUUACUGUAAAAGCUCUGUGGGGUCUAGGUCGUGUUACUGUAAAAGCUCUGUGGGGUCUAGGUCGUGUUACUGUAAAAGCUCUGUGGGGUCAACGUUGGAUUACUGUAAAAAGCACUUUGUGACAACUGAUGAUGUAAAAUGUGAUUUAUAAAUAAUAAUAAUAAUGAUUGAUUGGUUACUAUGCACCGCUAACACAAUAUAUGUGGCUUUUGUAAACCUUCAGAAAUAAUAUAACCUUUAUUUAGCCAUUAUUAAAGGGUUUAUGAAAGAA